CUAACCAUGGGAUUAAUGAUUUUUACUUUAUUGUUAGUGUUGAUUUUGAUUCCCCUUUUCAUCUUUUUCCAACAUAAGAAGUACAACGAUCAACUACCGCCUGGUUCGUUGGGACCGCCUUUCAUAGGGCAAAGCCUCAGCCUUUUAAAGGCCUUGAAGACUGACAGGAUUGAAAAAUGGUUUCAAGAAAGAAUAACAAACCAUGGUCCGGUUUGGAAAGCAAGUCUUUUUGGAUACCCGACGGUUGUUUUGCAUGGUCCAACCGCAAAUAAGUUCAUAUACACUUGUGAUGGGAGCCUACUCUCCAACACACAACCACCAUCAGUCAGCAAGAUCUUAGGUUCCAAAAAUAUUAUGGAGUUGUCCGGAAAUGAUCACAAGCGAGUCAGAGUGGCCUUGGUUUCAUUUCUUAAGCCUGAAGUGUUGAAACAAUAUGUUGCCAAAGUAGAUGAAGAAAUCCGACAUCAUCUUCAAACGAAUUGGCAUGGAAAACAUGAGGCCCUACAGGUGCAACCCUUGAUAAAGACCUUAACCUUCAACAUAAUUUGUUCGCUACUUUUUGGGAUUGAAAGAGGACCCAGACGGGAGAAAUUUCUACCUCUUUUCAAGGAUAUGAUGGCAGGUUUGUUAUCAAUUCCAAUCACUUUGCCUUUCACUAGAUACAAGCGUGCGAUUACCGCAAGGAUGAAACUUGUGCCAAUGCUUUUACAUCUUUUACACGAGAAAAGGGACGGGCUUAUGGAAAAAACUCAACAAGGCAAUCCUCAUAAAGAUCUAAUCACUUCGAUGCUUAGCAUUCGUAAUGAUGAUGGCUCAACAAUGAUGUCUGAAGAGGAGAUCAUCGACAGCAUCAUUGCUGUGAUGAUGGCAGGAUAUGACACGACCUCCGUCCUUCUUACCUUCUUGGUUAGGCUUUUGGCUAACGACAAAUCUAUCUACUCUAAUAUAGUACGAGAACAACAAGAAAUAGCCACUAUUAAAGCAUCCAAUGAAGCUUUGAGAUGGGAAGAUCUCACCAAGAUGAGGUACACAUGGAGAGUAGCUACUGAGAUGAUGCGGAUAAACACUCCUGUGCCUUUAAGCUUUCGACGAGCUAAGCAAGAUAUUGAGUAUGGAGGAUUUAUAAUUCCUAAAGGAUGGCAAGUAUUAUUAUCAGCCUCCAUGACACAUAUGGAUCAUAGCCUUUUCCCAAAUCCAACCAUGUUUGACCCUACUCGUUUUGAAAAACACGCACCAUCACCACCACCUUUUAGUUACGUGGCGUUUGGAGGUGGGCCGAGGAUGUGUCCUGGUAUUGAGCUUGCAAGAAUGGAAACUUUAGCCAUGAUACACCGUUUGGUGACAACAUUCACUUGGGAGCUACUUGAGAAAGACGAGUCCUUCAAGAGAGUUCCAAUGCCAGAAUUCGAUCAAGGGUUGUUAGUUCGGGUCAAGCCCCUAAAACAAACCGUGUUGUCAUAUGAAGCAUGAUUAUUGGUAGGAAUUUAUGUAGCCCCUUUUAUUUUACUAUAUGAAACUAGUGAUGGGAGUCACUUAUUUUCUGUUUAUGGACUUUUAUGUGAAGCUAAUGUGACUUCGUGCUAUAUACCUC